CGCAUUUCUUUUUUUUCUACUGAUAAACAUACAUGGUUAUCACGCUGGGCUACCAAGAAUUACUAGAAUCUUAUCAUGUGCAGUUUCGUACUUGCUUGUGAUCAAGUAUAACAUUCGUGUUUCAUCCCAACCUGAGUGGGCAAAAGCCCCGCGUAAAUUAAAAGAGAUGGAAUUCCGCACUGUACUCGUGUUCUUGAUCGCCUGUUGUGCCACGGACGCGGCAAGGAUCCUCGGCAUAUUUCCAUACCAAGGGAGAAGUCAUAACAUAAUGUUUGAGCCACUGAUGGUCGGCCUAGCGCGAGCGGGCCAUACGGUUGACGUUGUGAGUCACUUUCCUCCAAAGGAAUCAGUUUCAGGAUUUAACCAUAUAAGUUUGAAGGGAUCGCUACAUUUCUACGUGAACAAUAUAACAGUAUCGUUUACCCAAGAGGUGAAAGGAGUUCACAACGUGAUUCGCUUUAUCAGCGGUCGGGAACCUUCCGACCUUUGCAACCUGAUGCGGCUCCCUCAACUGCAGAACAUCCUUAACACAAAGACCAAGUACGACGUCAUGGUGACGGAGGUCUUUGGGACCAACUGCUACCUAGCCGUGGCACACAAGCUGCAGAUUCCAGUCGUCGGGGUCACAACUGGGGUCAUGUAUUCAUGGGGUUACAGUCCGUUCUUCGGCGAUGGAAAUCCCAGUUUUAUACCGUCUCAGUUGGGCAGCUUCACGAAUGAGAUGAGCUUUCUCGAACGCGUGGAGAACACCAUCAUUCACUUCUACUCAAUUUUCCUAUUCAACUAUUACGAGAGAACAGUAUCCGAUCCGCUGGCUCGUCAGUACGUCGAGGACAUGCCGCCGUUGACUGAUUUGUACAAUAACAUGAGCCUGAUGCUAGUUAACAGUCAUCCCAGCAUCCAUGGCGUUCGUCCAGGGAGUCCAGCCAUUGUUGAAGUGGCAGGUCUGCACGUCGAUGAAACCCAAGUUUUGUCGAAGGAACUGGAAGAGUUUUUAAACUCGUCUAAGGAUGGGGUGGUCUACUUCAGCAUGGGCACAAUGGUGCGGUCUGAUACCUUUUCGUCGGAUAGGAUAUCCGCCAUAUAUGAGAGUUUUUCGGAACUUCCCAAUUACAAUGUCCUUUGGAAGGGUAACGCGGACCAUCUGCCUAAGCCGUUUCCACCCAACGUUAAAGUCGUUUCGUGGGCACCACAGUACGCAGUUCUCCGUCAUCCAAAAGUGAAGGCUUUUAUUACGCACGGAGGUUUGAUGGGGACUGAGGAGGCGAUACACGCGGGAGUUCCAAUGAUUGGAAUCCCGUUUGCCGCGGAUCAGACAUUCAAUGUGGCGGGUUACGCGCAUCGUGGUUUCGCCAUUCACCUUGACUACAAGGAUCUCAACAAGGCUACCUUUUCCAAAGCUUUGAGUGAGGUACUAACAAACCCAAAGUACCAGUCAAAUGCUGCGUAUUUUUCAAGGCUGUUCAAGGAUCGUCCACGUUCUCCACUGGACGAAGCAGUUUUUUGGAUUGAAUAUAUCGUCCGCAAUGGUGGCGAGCCACUCAAGUCUUCGGCCCUGCACCUCAACUGGUUCCAGUAUUACUUGAUCGACGUUAUUUUGUUCUUACUGACCGCCGCGGCGUUUGUCGUAAUUGUUCUGUUUCUCUUAAUCAGAAAAGUACUAGGUAUUUUUAUUGGCACGACAAAGCCUUCAACGCGGCAGCGCAAACAAAAGACCAAGUAAAACCAAUGUGCCGAUACCAUUUGUUAUGCAAACAAAUGUGGAGUCUGGGUUAUCCUAUUUUUGGUCACAUGAAGAUAUCUCUUGAUAUAAUUGCAAGCAUUAACGAACAAACUAAUUUUUGUGACCAUAGUUAUCGCCAUAAACUGUAAUUCGUCAUUGGAAUAUAUGGAUAUUAAUAUUUUACUUAAUUUUCAUCUACUCAUUUUUCAAACUUGAGAAAUUUUGUCACUAUCAUUAAGACAGAAGUGUCGGGAAACAGAAGACAGCAAACUAUUUGGAGUUAUAAAGUAUUUUGAGAUUGGUGACUAUUUCUCCAGUAUUGAUGCUCAUUUCCUGAUGCAUAUUUCAAGAGAAUUCAUGUACCUUAUGCGGAAGGAAGUUGAAAAUUCACGAAAGUCUACAUUUUAAAUUCUUUUUCAAGAUGUAUUGAGAAAAAAGAGUUUGCCUGGUACAAAAGUAGACUUCAACAUUAUAGUUGAAUCUUAAAAGUCACGGAGACGUUAUCGGUAUGAUAUUAAUCGCAGCUACAAGUGUCACUUCCGGUGAAUUUAUAGUUUUGCCCAUUUCUUCGGUAAGGAAUUGAUUUUUUACAUGAGCGGAAGGAUACACUUCUGGACUUUGAGAAUGGAAAGUGAUUUUAUAAGUGACGAACGUUCUCCAAAUAAGAUGCUUCUUUUGACUCGACUUUCCCGCAUUAGUCACAAACUUACUUAUCAAGCAGGCAUUUAAUCUUGUACUAAAAUGUUUGACGACAGAGUUUUGUGUAAAACGACCACGUGCUUUGCAAUAAGUUAUAAUAAAAAAAAGAGCGAUUCCGAAACGAAA